CUCUUAUCGCGUCUUUCCCGCUCCACCUCCACUCUGUCCGCGUGACCGAGCGCGGCGGUCGAAUGGCGUCAGUGGCGCUCUUCCUGACGGCGACGAAGGUCGCCGGAGCCCUGGUGCUGGCCACCGUCGCCGCCAACGCUCUGUCCUACUUCCGUUACCGAAGGAGGUACCUCCGCCCGUUCCGCUCCCCCAUCGACGAGUCAUCCGACGUGCUCGCCGACUUCAACGUCCUCCCAUCCGGAGCAGAAGUAGAUGGGUUCUUCUUUGGGUUGGCUACAGCACCUGCUCAUGUUGAGGACAGGCUCAGAGAUGCUUGGCUUCAGUUUGCAGAGGAACAACCUUGUGCUGAUGUGGGACUUGCUCAGAAGCAUCCAGUGGAUGCUUUGCUGGCUUCUGCUACUGGUGAUGGUGGUUCUCAGCAAGGCUCCUUGGCCACGGAUGAAAGUAAAAAGACAGGUAUAUUGGAGACUAAAAAGCCUCUCAAGAUUGCUAUGGAGGCUAUGAUCAGAGGAUUUGUGAAAUAUUCAGAUGAUGAAGGCCUGAAUUCCGACACAGAAUGCCACCGCACUGUUGCUUCAUGGCAUAAUGUGCCUCACCCGCAAGAGAGGCUGAGAUUCUGGUCUGAUCCUGACACUGAGUUGAAGCUGGCCAAAGAUACUGGUGUCAGCGUCUUCCGCAUGGGGAUAGAUUGGUCAAGGAUAAUGCCAAGGGAGCCAAUACAGGGACUCAAAGAUGCGGUUAACUUUGCAGCAUUGGAACGCUAUAGAUGGAUUAUCAAAAGAGUUCACUUUUACGGAAUGAAGGUGAUGCUUACUCUAUUUCAUCACUCACUUCCUCCAUGGGCUGGAGAAUAUGGAGGAUGGAAAUUGGAGAAAACUGUUGACUACUUCAUGGAUUUUACAAGGCUUGUUGUUGAUCGAGUAGCAGAUUUAGUGGACUACUGGGUAACAUUUAAUGAGCCACAUGUAUUUGUUUUGUUAACUUACUGCGCUGGUGCCUGGCCCGGGGGAAAUCCAGAUAUGAUUGAGGUAGCAACAUCUGCUUUGCCGACUGGUGUUUUCAAUCAAGCUAUGCAUUGGAUGGCUGUUGCUCAUACAAAGGCCUAUGAUUAUAUCCACGGAGAAAGGAGUGUCAUGAAACCUUCUGUUGGGAUUGCACAUCAUGUCUCUUUUACUCGACCAUAUGGCCUAUUUGAUGUCGCUGCUGUCACACUGGCUAAUUCACUGUUAAUUUUUCCCUAUGUGGAUAGCAUCUGCGAUAAGCUGGAUUUUAUAGGGAUAAACUAUUAUGGACAGGUUAGCACCAUUAUUAUACUAAUAUUGCGGAAAGAAAUGCAUGAACAAAGUAUAACUGGAAGCUUUUCCAUUAUUCAGGAAGUGAUUUCAGCGCCUGGCUUAAAGCUCGUGGAAAAUGAUGAGUACAGUGAAUCUGGACGUGCUGUUUAUCCUGAUGGUUUAUAUCGAACUCUUCUUCAGUUCCAUGAGAGAUACAAACGCUUGAGUUUGCCUUUCAUCAUUACUGAAAAUGGAGUUUCAGAUGAAACUGAUUUGAUUCGACGACCGUAUUUGCUGGAGCAUUUGUUGGCUGUAUAUGCAGCCAUUCUUAUGGGUGUACGUGUGCUUGGUUAUUUGUUCUGGACAAUUUCAGAUAAUUGGGAAUGGGCUGAUGGAUAUGGUCCUAAAUUUGGCCUUGUUGCAGUUGAUCGUGCCAAUGACCUUGCGCGUAAUCCUCGCCCAUCAUAUUAUUUGUUUUCCAAGGUAGUGAAAACUGGCCAAAUUACAAAGUUGGAUAGGAUGCAUGCUUGGAAGGAGCUCCAGCAUGCUGCCAAAGAAAAGAAAACACGGCCGUUCUACCGAAAAGUUGACAAGCAUGGACUUAUGUAUGCAGGCGGUCUAGACGAACCUAUUCAACGACCCUAUGUACGGAGAGACUGGCGAUUCGGGCACUACGAAUUGGAUGGUUUGCAGGACCCUCUGAGUCGCCUUUGGAACUUUGUCACCGUACCCUUUUCGCCCAAGAAGAAGGUUCAACUAGAAGAUCCUCUUGUAGCUCCGCUGCCCGCUGGCCUCUGAAGCCCCCCCAAACCCACCACGAGGCAGCGAAAGGAUAUCGAGUCCCUUGUUAUGAUAUGUAUCAAAUUGAAGGAGUCCAAGAAACUCACCGUGUUCCCUACUUAGAGCAUAUGCAAGCGCAUCACAUGGCAGCAGGUCUGGCGUUAUGUUUGACGGGGUUAUUAUUGAUGCCUUUCUGGUUUAACGGUAUGCUGUCUUAUGCUGGCAAUCUUUUUUUUUUUUUUCCGACCUGUAUUUGUGAUGUGUGCGUGUAGGCCACUUAGAUAUAAUCUUGGCUGACAUUGUCGAUGACUGACAACUCUGCAUGCAAACAGAAACAAAAAAUUAUAUCUUUAAGAUUUUUUU